UCGGUUUUUAUCCUCUGGUAUUCGACUACCGUUUCAUUCGGUGUAUCUCGAACUUUUCUUCAACGAGCACCAGCGUUCCUUCUUGUAACGUCACCUUUUUGUAGCGAGCCUUCGGGUUCCGAUGUUUCUUUUCCCGUUUGUAAAUCUCCAGCUCGACGGUCGUGCAUUAUUCGGCCAGAGAAUUUCCCUAGUUUUUCAUUCAGUAUUUUCAUCGCCAUUCCGCGGAAUUGUUUUGCCGGAAUUCAAUUGUUAGAUUUUAUUGAGGGAAUACCGUGGCUGCCAGAGGCGAGUCACGAAUUCAAUAUUAUCGAAUAAUUAAGAGAAAAAGAUUUAUUUAAAUCAUAAGUCACAUUGUACCUAUUACUUGCGUAAGGUAUCGCGAGGAAAGUUCGAAUUGAAAAAUUGAACGAUCGUGUUCCGGAUAACUGUUAUUACAGCGUGGCUGGCUGUACACGAUUGUUUUCACUGCGGCGCAGUAGUAAUAGUCGCGCUUGGUCAGACGCGCGAUAAUAAGAGUUAUUAGAGCCAUUACGGAAGAACUUCUUAAUCGAAUAUAUUAAAUUUGAAUUUUGAAUUACUAUACCAGCAUAACGUUUUAGUUACCAUUUAUCCAUUUAUCCCGAUAGAAAAUAUUCUUCCGAUUCAACGUUUUCGUUCCCUUUUUAUCAAGAAUUUCCACCCUAUUAGGGCUAUAUUUUUUGUACGGAGAUUGUAAGGGUACUGGGUGUCUAUUAAUAAGCAUAUCGGGCUAGUGGAAUCGCGCGAUAAAAGUGAUGUAUGUCGGUCGAAUAAACGGAGCAUCGAGCGGGUUUAGCGAUCGAUCUAAACUACUCGCGUUCCGCGAACAAGUGUCUCUUAAUUUAGGAAAGUUCCCAACUUUCAACUUUACGGUAAUUCCAAUUUUUAACCUCUUAUUACUUCGCUGUUUCAAUUCCAAUUUCGAAAGUUGAAACGAAGGAAAAUCUCCAGUUACCAAAACGUUCACUGACAUCGACUGUCAAACGUUUUCCUUACUUAUUCUUCUCUCGAAAUAUUUCGCUAUAUCAGGCACGGGCACAGUUUGCUCCUGCAAACUUAAUUCAGGAAGAACGUGGUUGUUCUACUAAUCGUUUUACUAAACACAGACAGAACGAAGAAGGGCUGCAAGGGGAGGAUGAUCCAGCCUUCCUUUCAAUCAUUCGAUGUGACAGCUUCACCACUAAAACCGAUGGGGCUGUCAGGACCGCGGGGGGGUUCUGGGCGCCCUUGCACGUGGCCCGAGGAGAGGGUGCGACUCUCGGUGUCGGCCAAAGGGUAGGCAUCAGGGGGAAGUCUUAUUUUGAACCUUUCCCCAUGGACACCUGGGGUCAAAAUUGUAUCUUUUCAGUUGUCAAUGCAAAGUGCGAUGAAAGAAGGUUUCGUAAGGCAGGCAUGAUUAUAAUACCGACUGUGCUCUCUGCACGCAGACUUAAUCCGAGGGUGUCUGGGAUCUCCCCAAAAUCACGAACAAAGGCAUAUCCAGUCUUUUCGUAUCUAUAGUCACCGCGGUGAGCUCGGCAUGCGAGUCGUUGUACGAAAGAACGUGACUCGAUUAUGCGACGCAAUGUUGAGAAGCUUUGUCUGUCUGAUAUCGCGUCGACCUUUUCUCCUGUAGCUCGUUUGAACCCGUGCACCGAGGAGCGUUCAUGCUGCCCGUGCCUGCACUAUAUUAACGUUCGAUGCAGAAUUUAUAAGGCGUCGCAGCAACGUAUUACGUUUCAUUAUUUCUCAGCGAUCGUGGGGGGUCGAUAUUUUCGGGAAGCUUUAUAAGACGAAUAAAUCUGCCGGACGAGGAUCGCAAAAAGUUUUUCAGAGUGAUGUUCUCGCGAUAAAAAUGAAAUCGGAUGCAGGCACGCGUCUGGCGCGGGACCGCGCGUCGUUUGAUAAAGGGAGACACCGUUUAAGGAUCGCGGGGGGAUGGUUUGGGUGCAUAAAUACGAAGGAUGUAGGAGAGUGUCGGGAUGCAAAUUUCACGAGUUUUUCGAAUGGCGUUGAUGAAUAAGGAAUCGUGAGGUUCCCGUGGCUGCUGGGGAACACGUAGGCGGUGGAAAAGUGGCGCCGUACCUCUCGUUGGAAAACUCCGUUUCAUCAAGUAAACCGAGCCCUCUUUCAACCACUCUACCUCUAACCCCUCCUUCGCCUGCUUUGUAAUCUUGCCUGCUUUAUAUCUUCUUCCUUAUCAGCGGUCCGCGAAAGGAGAAAGAACCGAACCGAGGAUUUCGCGAAUGAAACUUGACUGAACGUUUGCCAUACGUAACAUCCUAUCUGCGACGUUUUCUCUUCCAUUCUUCUUUCCUUUCCUCCUCACCUUCGUUUCUGCUGUUCGAAGUAUCCGGGCACGAACGUUUCACGUCUUCCUGUGAAUUCGUUUGCCACGUUUGCGCAAUAACUAAUUAUCCGUGAGAAUAAACGAGAAGUUGGCUGGGAAGAAAUAUAGAAGCAAGUUCCGGCAAAUGAAUGCUCGCGCGUAUCGGUCAAAAUUUUUGCGACAUGCACUAACGGAAAGAAAACGAUGAAAAUUUGAAAGAAUUCUGUCUGGGGCAUGGUUUACCGUCGAGCGAAAUCCCUUCGAUCCGGAACAAAAGGCCACGCUGUUGGUCGCCAGCGAACCGUUUUUCCUCGAUAAAUUAUUCCUUCGAGGUUAUAAGAUGCAAAGUGAACGCGCGUAAUCCCUCCAAAUUUCUCAAGUUUCGUGAAAAAUUCACGCGGCAACCGUUGGCGGUUGAAGAAAAGAAAAGGAUCGUUCCGCCGUCGACGACGUGUUUAAUUUUCGUGGCUCGACGAACCCUAUUGAACGCAAUCUUUUGUCGUUCAACCUUCCCAUCUCUGCCGGGAUAAUUCUUCAUCUCGGUGAAGCGUCGCGGAAACGAGGACACGGAACAUUCUCAAAGGUAAAUCGCAGCGGUGCGGCGCAAGCACGUCGAAUCGGUACGAUGAAAAGGGGAUCGAAGUGUAUCGCUCAGACCAUCAAUUUGUCUAACCCGGAGACGUGCAUAAGACCGAAGAGGAUUCAGAAGCUCGUCGAAGCGGAAGCGAUGCAACCGUGUCCGAGCCAUGUCGGAUCUGCAGGUCCCUCUUAUUGGACUCCGAGGCCGGUCGCUAUUAAAAUUUGCACGAGAAAGGACAUGCAGAGGACUUGUCCGCCAAAGCUCUGCGAUUGUCCCCAAAUGGCACCGCCAAAGACCGCGGCCCAAAGGUUGUGCAGGGCUUUGAUCUUCCUCUUAAAGAGUAGCAUCGCGGCUGGACUGAUUUAUUGGACAAAUUCCGAGGGUUUAUGGGGCAGCAGCGCCGACGUGGAAGACCUGUAUUACAGACUAAUGGCCACGAUCUCACCCUCCUCCUCUGACGGGGACAAAGAAAUCCAGUUGCCCCGCAUGGGAGAAUUCAAGUACCGUGUGAUACAGACGUACAAUCACGCGGUGUUUGCGAUCAUGAGUUGUAUCGUGGACACGUCGACGAUGUUGCGGGAGCAGUUUCGACGUCUUCUAUCCCCCGAGGAGGAACCGGAACCGGAACCACCGGCGUCCGAUGAGUCGGUGGAUGUGAAAGAUAAAAGCCCGAAGAAAAAGUAAACAUAGUAAGGAGCGAACAACGUCGAAUCUCAUUUAUCUGGUAAAACGCGUUUAAUUUGUCCCGUGGUUUCUUAAGUUUCAAUGUUCGAAUAAAAUAUAACAGAGUACAGGGUACUCUUCAAAUGCGACACUCAAUUUCUACAUAGGGAACAAAGAAAAAGGUGGAUAUAAGCAGACGGGGUACAAGGAUGGAUUAAAAUUCCGUUCAGGCUUCUUUCAUUUUUUUUUUUUUUUUCCUUAGAACCAACGGUAGAGCACGCGAGGGAUUUCUUACAGAGCUUGCAUCUUAAACGAUUUUUAUGGCGUUCCCUCUCUAUUCGCGGUUAAACUUUAAACCCCGUUCCUGCCAGCUGGAUAUUUAUUUCAACGACACGAGCUACGCUCUACGUUCGUUUUGCGACGCCGUGUUUCCUUUUCUUCUGGUUUUCACCAGAUUAAACGCGUCGAACCCGCGUAACAGGGAAAUAAAUCGAGCAACGUCAUAAAUUCGAUUCGGAAGAGUAUAAUAUCUUAGCGAACGGUACGGAUAUUAAUUUCCCUCGAUUAUUCGCUGUUGCCGUUCGCGAGGAACGUGCCUGUAAACGUGUUCCAUAAAUAACGAUAGAAAAUAUCCGUGGGACGUUUCCCCUUGAUCGAAGAAGGAUCAAGGGAAUUAAGGAAUUCGAUCCUGUCAACCCCUCUCGGCCUACCCCUGCCAUCUUCAGCCUGAUUGUGCCUUUGAUUCCCUUCCGAAACGUGCUGCUAUCGAACUUUUAUAAAUUUAGGAUUAUGCUAAACGAUAUUUUAACGGUCUCCAGAGGUUAUUUUAGAUUAUUCGAUCAAGUCGAUCUCUUCUCUUCGUCGUUGAAUAUUUAUCUCAAAGGAGUUUUCCUUACGAAAGAAUUAUGCUCUGUUGAUCUUCUAUUUCAUCCUGGAUCCUCUACUAUAAUAUCACUAUGAAUUCGAAGUAUCGUAAUUACUACGAAGAAUAGAGACUACUAUUAAGCAUACUAUUGUUAAAAAGUUAACUACCAUGGAAUAUUCUCUGAGAAUCUUCCAUCGAGCGUUAUCACACGAAAUGAUCACGCAAUUAGAUUUAUUCAUUAUUUAUCAACUACGUGCAGCACGAUCGCCGAGUCGUUAUCAAGAGCUACAUAGUUUUGCCCCUGUGACCUGUAACAUUAACGAGCGACUAGAGUCGCAGUUCGAAUCCCGUGUUUAGAGUCGAUUAAUGGUCAUUAAUUAAAGGGGUAAUAAUUAAUAAUACUCGUUUCAGCGAAUCUAUCGAUACAAACUUGUAUUCUUGUCGCGAUCUUUCGUCGAGUGCGAACAAUUUUCAUGGGGAAUUCGUUCGAUAGGAUCUUCGGUGUUUCCAGUUGGAAAGCCCACGAACAAGUUUUCGCAUCGAUUUCAUCUGGCAAGGUUCUCUCCAGAGACAGAAAAUGAUUCAAAGCCAACAAUUUGGACAGUUAAACAGUUUAUUCAGAUCGAAACUUUACGUGGUAUAUACAUACGAGUUAGUAGACGAUAUGGGAGUUCUGAUAUGAAAUCACCUAUACAGUGAACUUAAAAUAUAGUCGUCGAUUUACACGGACCUCGCAUCAUACUUGAUAUGUACACUCGUUUCUCGGUCGCUUGCACCACCUAAAUUUUUCUAAAUCAUCGCCUGUCUGCCGACAAUUGUUUUUUUCUCUAUCGACAUUAGAGUUUCUCUUUCUUUUUCUUUUCGUUGAAAAAUCGAAGAAUGAAAUGAAAAUGACAACGACGAAUUAAAAAUGAAUCGCUUCUUCUCACACACUCUUUCUUUCUCUAUCUCACUCUCUAUGGGAAAUUAAUCCUUUGCACUCGUAAUAAUUCCGACAUCCUGUCUCGUUAUUACACUUCAAAAACGACGAAUAGUAUCGUUUACGAAAGAAAAGGAUCAUCUUUUUUAAAUACGAGUGUAAAGGAUUAAACAUUGAGCGUCCGAGAGUUCACACCGAUGAUCUCGGUUUACCGUACACAGAAAUCUCCUUCCAUUUUUGUGAAAUUUCCAUCAGUUAGGCUGAUGUUUUCAUGGACGUGAAAAAAAUGUGUGAUCGCGUUGAUCAGGUCGUUUCUUUCCG